AUGGCAGAACCAUGCCAUGACCAUCCUCCUGCAACAGACCUCUCUAGAGCAGAGCGCUUCAAAGCUACGCACCUCGCCGCACGCCAUGGCAACUACCACCAAUAUUACGCCAAGUUCCGGGCUCCUACUGUCCCGGACGAACGCCUCUCCAUUCUUCCAUCAGAGGUCCUCCGCAAUGCGCGUGUCAUAGAUCUCGGCUGCAAUGCGGGCAAACUGACCCAUGAGGCGAUAGUGCACUGCGGUGCGGCCGCCGCAGUCGGCGUCGAUAUCGACCCAUGGCUGGUCGAGCAGGCGAAGGCGGCGUACCCGGACGGGCCGUGCACAUUUGAGCACUUUGACUUUGUGGAUACGUCCGCGUACAAGGGUACCGCGCUGGGCAAGUUCGACGUUGUUCUACUGCUCUCUGUGACCAAGUGGAUUCACCUGAACAACGGGGACGCCGGGAUGUUGACGCUAUUUGCGCAUAUACGAAGUAUACUGAAUGAGGAGGGUUAUCUCGUUGUUGAGCCGCAGCCUAUGAGCAAUUAUGCGAGGGCUUCGAAGAAGAAUAAAGAAUUGAGAGAGACGUAUAAGACUAUCCAGAUUAAACCACCGUUUGAUGAUGAGUUGAAAGCGCAGGGAUUUGAGAGGAUACUUAAAUUUGAGAGGGACGAGGAAGGGUUUGCUAGGCCUGUACAUGUUUGGAGAAAAAAAGUAUCAUAA